CAAGGACAUCAGUUGACAUGCAAUCAGAUGAACGUAAUUAAUUAGAUUGGACGGCUAUUAGGCGACGGGCCACGCGCUUCCAACUGUCAGCCGGCGCCUAGCAUAGGCCAUUUUAUUUUGUAUUGAUCGAUUCGCGUCUAGUUAUUUGUUUUUUAUACUGGCUAUUACUUUCCUUGAUAAAUAGUAGUAUCAAAUAUAUACAUUUUAGGUGUCUUAUAAAAAACAUCUCCACUCUCUUCUCUCGCCAAAGAAAAGUCAAAUCACCAUUGAUUCACGGACGGGCUUGAUCAACAGGAGUAUACUAAGACCUUGUACAACGCUGGUGCUAGCUGCAUGGCGCUUCGAAAAUUUCUUUAACCCUCAACGCGUAGUGCUUGGUAUGAGGUGCUAGCUGGGCCCUUUUCUUUUUUGCCUGCGAGGCACUGAGUCGAGCCAUCGUGACUUGAAAGGAGCGCUUAUUUGUUGUAAGCACUGGCUGGCACCGGAAGCAAGACUUUGCUUCUGCCAUCCGUCCUAAGCACCUGUGUAAUCCAUUCUUAAAAAAAAUGGAUUUUCUUCUUAGGCACCUGUGUAAGCACUUGCGGUUGUACAGGGCCUAAAGAGAAGAAAGGGAGGCUCUUGUCAUUCUGAUGGACCACCAAACCAGGUGCCUAAGAAGAAAAUCCGGUUUUUUUUUGGGCGACCUGUGUGCCCGCCCUUCUUUUUUCUUUCCUCUCUCUGGCCCUCGGGCCUUUGAGUUUACUUGCUGUGCACCCAUUCUAGGUUCCCUUGUAGCUCGCUGUUUUUACCACGGAUCAAUGAAUUUGAUAGCAACUACCAACAGUCAAAAAAAACUAGGCCCUCUCCUUUGGGCGUGUCGUCAUGUUUGUUUGACCGCGUCACAAAGAAAAGUAUACAUACGUGAAAUGCGGCCUCCCCUCCCCUCCCCUGCUGUUAUAUAACUGACCUCCUCUCCCUCCUCAAGAAACCAACCUAGUACCAUCCUCCAACAAGGUCCGUUUCCUCUUCAAACCACCCUUGCAGAUAGAAAGAUGGACUCCGACGAGAAGCGCCUUAGGACCGGCUUCGACAAGUUCAGGACCGAGGUCUACGACAAGAAGCCGGAUCUCUUCGAGCGGCUCAAGACCAAACAGAAACCCAGGUAUCUAGUGUUCGCGUGCGCUGACUCGCGUGUGUGCCCAUCAGUCACCCUGGGCCUAGAACUCGGUGAGGCAUUCAUCGUCCGCAACAUCGGCGCCAUGGUCCCCUUCUAUUGUGAGAACAAGCACACUGGCAUUGGAUCGGCCAUCGAAUACGCCAUCUGCGUCCUUGAGGUUAAGGUCAUCGUGGUGAUUGGCCACAGCCGCUGCGGUGGAAUCAAGACCCUCCUCUCACUCAAGGAUGGCGCGGAUGACUGCUUCAAAUUUGUUGAGGACUGGGUCAGGAUCGGGUUAUCAGCUAAGAGGAAGGUCGAAGACGAGUACUCAGGCAAACCUCCAGAGCAGCAAUGUGCCUUCUUGGAAAAGGCGGUUGUCGACGUGUCCCUCGACAAUCUGAGAACCUACCCGUUCGUCAAGGAUGGUGUGGACAACGGAACAGUCAAGCUGGUCGGCGGCCACUAUGACUUCGUCUCCGGCAAGUUUGACACAUGGAAAGCUAAAAAUCAAACUUCCUCCCAUCGCUCAUCUCUCUGACCUAUAUAGAUAUGUACAUAUAUCAAGAUAUAUCGAUCCAUCGAUAUGAAUGCCAUGGAGUACGUACUCGUAUUUCCGAGUAGUGAAUGUCGGAUGGCUUGGUGUCAGUUUUUGUAAUAAACCAUAG